AUGUGGCAGACACGGUGCGAGGAGGCCGAGCGGGCCAAGGCGCAGGCGCUGCGGGAGGCGGCGGCCUGGAAGAAGAAGUACAUCGCCGAGCGUGAGCGCCGGCGGGAAAUGACCAAGACGCUGGUGGUCGUGCUGCAGCAGGAGCAGAACAAGUCGUCGCAGAACGAAGCACUGGUGCGACGCUUCGCCAGCAUCCUCAGCGACCCGAACGAGACGUCGGCCAUCCUGAGCCCGACGCUGCCAUCCUUUGACUUGGAUGGCGACGACGAAGACUCGACCGACGACGAGCAAGCGUCGUCGAGCCGAGGCCGGCGUGUGUCGCCGCCACCGCUGCACCUGAUGCUAGACCAACACCCGGCGCCGCCGGCGACCGUGCCGACGCGCUCGGUGCGCUCCAGCACGAUGGACAUUGGCCACGCCCCCUUCUCGCCAUUCUCGCCUCAGCAUGAUGCGAAGGAGGAAGGCCAGGCCAUGAUGCUCAACCUCCUCUACGCACGCACGUUCCAUGCAGGGUACCGGUCGAGCUCGAAGCGGCUCCAAACGCUCGCCAAGUCGAUCACAUGUUUCCACGGCAAGCGCGACCGGAUUUUCGAGCAUUUCUUCAUCGCGGGAAUUCCGGCCUCGUCGUCGGCCAUCGAGCCCGUGCUUGAGGACGCAUCCGUGGGCUUUUGGAAGCCCGCGAUUCUCUUCCAGUACCCGCCUGCGGCGGUCUAUCCCAUGAACGACCAAGCCGUCAGCAGCUUUUGCUUCCCCGUCGGCGCACCGGCCUUUUCGUGUUCGGUCGCCGACGCCGAGAGCCUCCGCGGAUCGCUCAUUUCGCAGUGGACAAGCGACGCCGCGAGCUGUUUUCGCCAGCUCCUCGAGCCGUUCAAUGCUCAAACGUAUACGUUCCGGCUCACGGGCUCGAAAGGCGAGGCGCUCUACGGGCUCUGCGCCGCCGUGCUCAUGGACGCCGACGACCCGCCGCUCUUGCUCGAGCGUGGACACUUGGACGCGGUGGCGUCCGACUCGGACGCGGACGUCGUCGUCGGGUCGAGCAAACCACGGUCGCUGCCGCGAGAUGCGUCGUUCCACUCGCUCGCAGGCAUCUUGGCGUCGCCGCUCACGGACAAGGACGGCGCGUUCUUUGACGAAUCACCCGUCGUGCUCACGCCGCGGAGCUACUGCGUCACGAGCAAGUAUCCGUUCUACAAGCUCCACUACCACUUUCUGCGAACGCUCAUCGAAGCUGACAUGCGCAGCCGGCAAGUCGCGCGCGAGGCCCAGUCGGCGCUGCACCGGCCGACGUUUGUCGACGUGACGGUGCAUCAGUCGCUCCUCGGGUUUACGCUCAAGCGCAAAGAUGAUCUGGGCACGUCGGCCGCAGGUCUCUCGGAGAAGGACGUGCGUCUCUUGGAUGCGAUCGCGACGCCCGCCGCAAAGGCGCCCGAUGGCAGCGUGACGCUCUCGGACGACCGACGUGCAAUGGCGCCGCCACCGACAAAGGACAUGGCGCCGCGCGUGUUGUACCGCAGUCGGAGCUGGUCGGCGUCGGCCAAGAAACGCGCCUUGCCCCUCACGGCGGCGGCGAGACCGCGCCUCCAGGCCGUCGUCGACUCGGUCGAGGCGUCCAUGAACAAAGCGGGUGUCCGCGUCGGCGACAUUCUCGUUGCGAUCAACGGCUUUCCCAUUGGCGACCUUGCGUUCACCGAGUCGUUGCGGCUCCUCGACGCGGCCAAGCGUCCGCUCAAGCUCCGCUUCCAGCGCAUCGUGACCAAAGCGCCCCGACGGGCGUCGUCAAGUGCGCGUUUGGAGCGCGGUCGCGGGUCGUCGACCGUCUUGGAACUCUUGCGACGGUACCGAAGCAUGAAAGUUGGCGAGGCCGGGUCUUGGACCAGCGUUCGGCUCGGGCAUUGCGACAUCAAGUACCAGUUUCCGACCGACCGCACGGACGAGUGGACCGUUGCCGUACUGCUGACGCUCCUCUCAGCCAAGAACAUUGUGCUCAUUCUCGGGCACUUGCUCUUGGAGAAGCAAGUCGUGAUCGUUAGUGACUCGACAGCCAAGCUCGCCGCCGUAAGCGCCGCCUUUCUCGUGCUUCUCCGGCCGUUCCAGUGGCAGUCGACGUACAUUCCGGUGCUCCCGUCGAGUCUUCUGGACUUUCUGCACUCGCCCGUGCCGUACCUCGUCGGUGUUCACAACGUCUUUGCGCGGGACGAGUGGCCCGACGUGUGCUUUGUGCACCUCGAGAGUGACGACGUCGCGUCCCCGUUCGCACCGACGCCAUUUCCCACGAGCCGCGAGCUCGAGACCGUGCUUAUGGACUGCCAAGCCAAGAUGCGCGCACUGCCUGCGCGGCCGCCGCAUCCCUGGCACGAUCUCUCGGACGCUGAAAACGACGUCCUCUCGCUCGUCGUGUCCAAGACCGAAUGUCUCUUCUCGACGCUGUGCAGCAGCAUCAGUACCCUUUCACUCCUGCCCCGCGCCAACAAGUCGUCGUACGACGUCCUCCAAGAAGAGUUUGCAAAAGCCACGUCGUCCAGCGACCACCGGCACUUUUACGCGGACUUCGCCCAAACCCAGCUCUUUUGCCAGUACUGCGAAGACGCGAUGCACGACGAGGUGGACGCACCCACCAAGUAAACGCUCGACGAAUCAUG